CGGCCGGCCAGUCUCCUUCUAGUAGGUGCGUAGCCUCAGAGCCAGAAAACAGCAACGGCCUCCGAAAGAGAGGUCACGGUUUGCCCAAAACGCCGCGCCUCGGACAGGAAAGGCGCCUAUCUGCACUGCACUCAGAGAGCCGGAGACUGGGCGAGGGUGCCAGUCUGCCAAAGUGAGCGUCAGUAUACUGCGCCUGCGCAGAGAACCUGCUGCUAGCCGCGGCGGCGUUCGCCUGCGCAGAGGAGAGCGGCGUGCGCUUGCGCAGAAAAUUGAAGCCGCUUCGGCAGCGUUGGGGAGCAUGCUAGGAGGCUUGGAGCCUGCUUUUCAGCCCAUUUUCAACUCUUGUACAUGAAAUAUCAUUUUCAGAAGACUGUACAAUCUUUUGAACUGAUGAAGAGCAAUGUUUUGGUUCCUGCUAUUCUGAAAGUUGAAUCCAACAAGAAAAAUAAAUCAAGUUAAAAUCAUAAACUUAAGUCAGCUCAGAAGGACAAAGUCCGCCAGUUCAUGGCAUGCACCCAGGCUAGCGAGAAAACUGCUAUCUACUGCCUGACACAGAAUGAGUGGAAACUAGACGAGGCUACAGACAGCUUCUUCCAAAACCCAGAGGCAUUCCACCGAGAGUCUAUGAAGAGCACUGUGGACCAGAAGAAGCUGGAGCAGCUGUAUGGAAGGUACAAAGACCCACAGGAUGAAAACAAAAUCGGAGUUGAUGGGAUUCAGCAGUUCUGUGAUGAUCUGAACCUGGACCCUGCCAGUAUUAGUGUUUUGGUCGUAGCGUGGAAGUUCAGGGCUGCCACUCAAUGUGAAUUUAGCAAAAAGGAAUUUGUGGAUGGCAUGACAGAGCUGGGGUGUGAUAGCACAGAGAAACUGAAAGCUCUUCUUCCCAAGCUGGAGCAAGAGCUUAAGGACUCAGCCAAGUUUAAAGACUUUUACCAGUUCACCUUUACCUUCGCUAAGAACCCUGGGCAAAAGGGCUUAGAUUUAGAAAUGGCUGUUGCAUAUUGGAAGUUAGUAUUGUCUGGAAGGUUUAAAUUUUUAGAUCUUUGGAACACAUUUCUGUUGGAACAUCACAAAAGAUCAAUUCCAAGGGAUACUUGGAACCUUCUCCUAGAUUUUGGAAACAUGAUUGCAGAUGAUUUGUCUAACUACGAUGAAGAAGGAGCCUGGCCUGUCCUUAUAGAUGACUUUGUAGAAUAUGCACGACCAGUGGUCACAGGUGGGAAACGUGGCCCUUUCUAAGUGAAAAAUCAGAUAGAUGGAGGGUAAGACAAGAUGUACCCUGAAAGGAGACAACUGGGUUGGUUGCCAUGUGCGUUUGUUGCUGACUUCAGAAGUCUUCCUCGUCCAUUCAUGAAACAAAUCCUUACUCGGCUUAAAGGCUGCAGUGGCUGACGUGUAGAAGCGGAGAAGCUCCUCAGGAUGCUAGGGAUGUGUCAUCAGAGCUAUUGCUUUAGGAGACGCCUGCAUGACUUGUCUUUACAGAAAGCAACAUAGAACCUGUUGGCAGGGCUGAGAGCAUGCUGUUGAGUUCAUGAUGUCAAGGUGAGCACCAGCGGUUUCCAAAGCUAUGGAGUCACAUUGUAAUUAUGCUUCGAAUAUCAUCUGUGUCUGCAGAGUGAUGGAUCUCUUAUACAAGUCCACGCUGUUAAAAACGUGCCCUGAUGAAGAUGGCCUACUGCUUUUAAUCUUGGUAUUCAAGAUUGAUAGUUUUGAAUUCUCAGAUCUCUAGAUUUACUAGAUUUUUUUUUUUUAAUUUUCUCUAGAAGACAUUGUUGCAAUUUGCACAGGGAUGGCAUAGGAUGUAAUCCAGCAGGUUCAUUCCAAACUGUUUACAAGCUGGUGGGCCUGUUUUACUUCUAAUAAGGUUAUUAUUAGGCCUGGAUGCUGCCUCCUGAGAAGUUUCUUAUUUUUUUAAUAUAUUUUAUUAUAUUUAAAAGGACAUUUUUCCAUGAGAAGUACUUCUUUUUGAGUGAUAAAUUAGAUUUACAAAUCAAAUGCAAUGGUUCCCUUCACCUGUCUAUAAUGUCUCCAGUGCCCAGUGUCCAGCCCUUGGAUAGCCGUAUGCAUUUGGAAGCAAACACAUCUGUCAUCUGAAAGAGUCUACACCCAAAGCCUCUGUGCUCCUUGUCUGCACCGUGGGACCGCACCAUGCUGCUGUGCCGUGUCACCGUCUGCUUUCCUGGUGUUUGUGUGCUCCAGAACUACUCGUGUGCACAGGCAUGGAGGACCUGGAUACCGUCUGCCCAUCUGGUGUCAAGCUUUGAACAUCACUGUGCUGACCCUACCUCACACUUGCCAAGACUUGGUGUCACAAGCGUGCCUUGCUGCCCGGCCUACAACGUGGCCAUGGAGCAGAUCUGCUGGGCCCACUUCAGGACUCGGGACUGGUCAAAUGCCUAUGCACAGAAAGCAUGUCCCAGAUAUGCUGUGGGGGCAGCCUCUGGUCACGGGACAUGCUCCUGACUUAGGAAACAGCUCUGAGGCAUGUGUGCCCUGUAAUGAGGUGUACUGCUGAUGUUGAACAGGGAUCUCACAGAGGAGGUGGAGGAUUGGAACAGGAGGCCAGUCUCCACAAAGCCAACCCUCACUGUGUGAGAUAACGUCAUUAGUGACCUGUCAACACAGGUCUGUAAAGGGAAAAGCGGAAUGUCUUUGAGGGUGGACAUAACCAAACUGACCUAAUGAAAACCUGAGAACAAAGCAUCCUUCCAGGCUUUGUGGGUUCCUGACAUGUAGUUAACCUCUGUUCAGAGAAAUUUAUAGACACAAAUAACUAAGUUCUGAAGGUCUGCAAUAUGCUCUUCUUUUUAAGAUUUAAAAUUCUUCAGGAAGACCAGUGAUAUGAUCCAGCAGGUUAAGGCACCUGCUGCCAAGCCUGACAACCUGAGUUCAAUCCCUGGGAACCACAUGGUGGAAGAGAGAACUGACUCCCAUAUGUACCAUGACAUGCAUGUAUUUCCCCUGCACACACAUGUACUUACACAGUAAGUUAAGUACAUGAGUGUAACUGUAACAUUUUAAACUCUAUGGGAUUGUCAAUAGGCUAGGAAGUACUAGUGACUGGUAAAGGCUUUUCCAAGAAUUGUGCUUUCUGUUCAGUUAUUUACACUUGACCUGUGCAUGUUACAGAAAUGCUGAGAACUUCAGAAAUAGUAAAUAAAGUAUUUUCCCUGG